CCGCGUCUCCAUCCCGGUCCGGGGCGGAGCGGGGGGAGGCCGGGCUGCGGGCAGCCUCCGGAGGGGUUUACAGGAGAGCCAACGCCUGCCCACACACCGCCCUGUGCCGCUCUGCCCGCGGGCGUCUCUGCGUCAGAGAGCCCGUCCCGCGGAGGCAGGCUCCCCCUCGCAGAGCCUGCAGCAGGAAGGGGUGGUUUGGCGCCAAGCGUCCUGAUGAAGCCGUGCCAGAAGAGCAGGCUGUCGCCUCACAAACUUUGAAGAGGAGGAAGAAGGAGGUCUUCGUACGCAGUGAUGCAGCCCAGAACGUAGAACGGCAGCUCGUGGAAGGCAGGGAAGCUCCUCACCACUCGUGAUUCCAGAGCAUGGGCUAGAAACUAUGUCCCUCUCCCGUGUCGAAAAUCCUUGUUUUCUGCUCUUUCUGUUCGUUUUCCAAGCAAUAUUUAUUCUGAUACUCUACCGAGGCGGACCUUCAAAUGUGUUUCGUGGGCUUUUAGACUCGCAUCAGGUUCUGGAUUACUCAAAAACCCAUGACGUGUAUACAAACCUCAGCUUGUUCACCCAAGCUCCUAAUGAAGAAGCCAUGCCAUACUGCUCAGCGCAGUCACCAAUAUUUGUUGGUCCAUUGACUGUUACCUUCAGAGUGCUCCCUAGUGAAAGAAUGAUAAUAAAAAAAAAUCCCUUUGUUCAGGCUGGUGGCCUCUACAGGCCCCCCCACUGCUUGGCCCGCUACAAAUCAGCCAUCCUUGUAGCCUACAGGAACCAGGAGAAGUACCUUCGCCAUCUUCUCUACUAUAUUCAUCCUUUCUUGCAGCGCCAGCAGCUCAGCUACAGUAUCUACUUGAUUCAGCAGGUGGGGAAUGGUACAUUUAACCGAGCAAAGCUGCUCAAUGUUGGUGUCCGGGAAGCCAUGAAGGAUGAAGACUGGGAUUGCCUUCUCCUGCACGACGUGGACCUAGUGCCUGAAAAUGAUUAUAAUCUUUAUGUUUGCGAUGAAUACUAUCCCAAGCAUAUGUCUAGUGCCAUGGAUAAGUUUCAGUACACUCUUCCAUAUAAGUCCUUUUUUGGUGGCGUAUCUGCUCUGACUCCAGAACAUUACAUGAAGAUGAAUGGGUUUCCAAACACAUACUGGGGCGGUGGUGGUGAAAAUGAUGACAUUGCUACAAGGAUUCAGUUAGCAGGAAUGAAAAUAGUCCGGACACCACCUCACCUUGGACGCUACAAAGUCAUGGACUACAAUGAAGAGACAGAGACACAAGAGCCUUGGAGAAGUCCUACUUCCCGACACAACACCAGAAAAACAUGGAAGGAUGACGGAAUGAAUUCACUGGAGUUCAAGCUCCUUUCCAGGACAAAGCAUCCUCUGUAUACCAACAUCACUGUGGACAUAGGCUAUGUUCCCCCAUUUUCUUAAGAGAUGAGAAUAAAAGCUGAGUGUGGGCUCAGCAUGGCCACAUGUGUAUGGGCAUUCAGCCUCUACCUCCUGUUGUGGUGUGCAGUCUGCACCACCCUGGACUAAUCCUUUUGUCUUUCAUGCAUUUCACUUUUCUUCUGAGUGUUUAAGAUUUAGAAGAAAAGGCUUCAGGAACAGGCUAUAAUAGGUAAUAAACAGGAUCUGGCUUACUGUAAAACCUGUCAAAGCACAGACCUUGGGGAUCAAGGUCUCCUUGACAGUAAGUUAGUGCAGGUUUUCCUGAACCUUUGUUCCACAGCCUGGAUAGCUCUGUCCUGCUUCUUACUGAAGUGUUAAUUGGGAUGUAAGCCAUUCUGUCAGAUGGGCCUCUAAAGUGUGCAGUAUUUUGAGAAAGUGUUGAAGCCAGUUACAGGUCUGUAAAUAUCUUUUGUGAAUUUGAGUAAAAAAGUGAUUUAGGUGUUUGGGUUAAGAUUUUCUAGAAUAUUUAAUAAGAGAAAAAUAAAGGAGAAAGUUAUGCUGAAACCAGAUAAAA